AAAAAAAUUAGAGAGAGAAAAUGAUUUUCUCUAUGGAAACUCUCUCACUUUCUCUCUAGAAAAAGGCUCUGUGUUCUUGGGUUUCGGGUGUUUGGCAGGGAGACGGAGAUGUUGGACUUUCUCUUUCUGGAGUUUUCUUAGGCUGGUCUUUUGGAAAUUUGAGUUGAGUAUAAAAAGGUAGGGGGUUGCACGAGCUUUGGUUUUGUGUAAAUCUCUACCUCCUUUUUUACUCUCUUUUCUUUAUAGAGAGUAGUCGUUGAAGGUUUACCACUGGUAAGGAAAGAUAAAGCUUUCAAAAAUACAACUCUCUUUCCUAAACUUGGUUCGGUUUCCGUGAAAACAGAUAGAAAAAGGAGAGAAAAUACUGAGAAAAAGCCUGUGAAGAUGUUGGAGAAAAUGGAGGAAUUUAAAGCCGAGAAAGUGAUCGAAGAAUUCGAAGAGCUGACAAAGGAUGCUGGAAGAGUCCAAAGAGAGACCCUGAAGAAGAUUCUAGAGGAUAAUGCCAGUGCAGAGUACCUGCAAAAGCAAGGUCUGAAUGGUCGAACCGACCCCGAAAGCUACCAGGCUUGUGUUCCACUGGUUACUCACGCGGAUUUGGUACCGUACAUUAAGAGAAUUGCGGAUGGUGAUACUUCCCCCGUUCUCACCGGAAAACCCAUAAAAACAAUGUCAUUGAGUUCCGGGACGACGCAGGGGAAGCAAAAGUAUGUACCCUUCAAUGAUGAAUUGCUGGAAACCACCCUGCAGAUUUAUCGAACCUCUUUCGCCUUUAGAAACAGAGAAUUCCCUGUUAGGAAUGGAAUGGCCUUACAAUUUAUCUAUGGAAGCAAGCAGUUCAAAACAGAAGGGGGUUUGUUCGCCGGAACUGCAACUACAAAUGUGUUUAGUAGCUCACAGUUCAAGACUACGAUGAAGGCAAUUGAGUCCCCAUGUUGCAGUCCUGAUGAAGUGAUAUUUGGUCCCGACUUCCGUCAGUCCUUGUACUGCCAUCUCCUUUGUGGACUAAUCCACCAUAAUGAAAUCCAACUGGUGAGCUCGACAUUCGCCCACAGCAUUGUCUAUGCAUUCAGAACCUUUGAACAAGUCUGGGAACAGCUCUGUGCAGAUAUACAAGAUGGGGUUCUCACCAAGGAUGUCACCGUCCCCUCUAUUCGUGCAGUUAUGUCAAAACUGCUCAAGCCAAACCCUGAAUUGGCUGAAUGGAUAUAUAAAAAAUGCUCAGGGUUAAGUAACUGGUAUGGAGUAAUACCAGCCCUUUUUCCCAAUGUUAAGUAUGUAUAUGGGAUCAUGACUGGCUCAAUGGAGCCUUAUUUGAAAAAAUUGAGGCACUAUGCAGGGGACGUGCCCCUUCUGAGUGCUGAUUAUGGAUCUUCAGAAGGAUGGAUCGGAGCAAAUAUCAAUCCAAAACUGCCCCCCGAGUUGGCCACUUAUGCUGUGCUUCCUAAUAUUGGGUAUUUUGAGUUUAUCCCUCUGAGGGGGAGUGCUGAGGAGGACAGGCAAGACAAGAUCCAAUCUUCUUUUGAGUCCAAGCCAGUGGGCUUAACUGAAGUCAAGAUCGGCGAAGAGUAUGAGAUUAUUGUCACAAAUUUCGCAGGGCUGUACCGGUAUAGGUUAGGUGAUGUGGUGAAGAUCGCUGGCUUCCACAACAUGACCCCAGAACUCCAAUUCGUGUGCAGGCGGAAUCUUCUGCUGACGAUCAACAUCGACAAGAACACAGAGAAGGAUCUCCAGCUAGCUGUUGAAGCAGCAGCCGAAGUGCUGGCCCCAGAGAAGGUAGAAGUGAUUGAUUUCACCAGCCAAGUGGAUAAAUCGACUGAUCCUGGGCACUAUGUAAUCUUCUGGGAAAUCAGCGGCGAAGUGAGCGUUGAGGUCUCAAGCGAAUGCUGCAACUGUCUGGACCGAUCUUUUGUUGAUGCAGGGUACAUCAGUUCUCGCAAGGUCAAUAGCAUUGGGCCACUCGAGCUCAAGCUCGUUCGGAGAGGAACAUUCCAGAAGAUUCUAGAUCAUUAUUUAGGAAUAGGAGGAGUCUUGAGCCAGUACAAAACACCAAGAUGUGUAAAUCCUAAUAACAACAUGGUGUUGCAAAUUCUGUACUCCAAUGUUGUGAAGAGCCAUUUCAGUACUGCCUUUGGGUGAAUGAACUGCAAAUUGUAAGUUAGUGACUCCCCAUUAAAUUAUUAAAUUAUAGGUACAUCUAGCUACAUCUAUUUCCUGUUUCUAGCUCUGAUGGCUGUUUGGAAGUGAUUCUCUUGAAAAAGUCUUCAGUCCAUGGAACCUUUGUGAUAUCACUUCUAUUAAUAAAUAUAUACUUUUAUCAAA